AUGCCGUUCCACCCGGUGACGGCGGCGUUGAUGUACCGGGGCAUCUACACCGUGCCCAACCUGCUGUCGGAGCAGCGCCCCGUGGACAUCCCUGAGGAUGAGCUGGAGGGUGAGUACCCCGCCGGGACCCCCGCCUGCUGGCCCUCCUACCUGUGCGCCCAGGUGAAGCUCGAGCUAGGGGUGCACGGGGGCACGGGGCGGUCUGCAGGUGCCUGCUGCCAGGUGGGCGCCCCAGCGAGCAGCUGCGCAUGGAGGCCGGACCAGCUCGCACCCCUGGGCGCCGCGGUGAGGGUCGCAAAGGCGGAGAGGCAGCCCAGCCCCUGCCCGCGUGGUCCCCAGCGCUGCGGAAACUUGCUGGGUCCCGCAGCGGGGUCACGGGGCCGCGGGGCCGCGCAGUCGGCGGUGACGGUGCGGCAAAGCGACUGGUUGAGAAGCAGCGCUAUUGCGGACUCCUGGGCCACCUGCCUGUCUCUGACCAGACCUGCAGGCUCUGGUGGAUUCUCAGUGCUGGGCUCGGGCUGCAGGUUUGGGGAUCCUCAUGGUGUGGGAAGCAGGGUGUCAAGAACAGGAGAGAAGUCCCAACCUGUUCUGCUCCCCACAGAGAUCCGAGAGGCCUUCAAAGUCUUUGACCGCGACGGCAAUGGCUUCAUCUCCAAGCAGGAGCUGGGUACCGCCAUGCGCUCCCUGGGCUACAUGCCGAACGAGGUAGAGCUGGAAGUCAUCAUCCAGCGACUGGACAUGGAUGGUGAUGGCCAAGUGGACUUUGAGGAGUUUGUGACCCUCCUGGGACCCAAGCUCUCCACCUCGGGGAUCCCAGAGAGGUUCCUUGGCACUGACUUUGACACCGUGUUUUGGAAGUGCGACAUGCAGAAGCUGACUGUGGACGAGCUGAAGAGGCUGCUCUACGACACCUUCUGUGAGCACCUGUCCAUGAAGGACAUAGAGAACAUUAUCAUGACAGAGGAGGAGAGCCACCUGGGCACUGCUGAGGAGUGCCCCGUGGAUGUAGAGACCUGCUCCAACCAGCAGAUCCGCCAGACAUGUGUACGCAAGAGUCUGAUCUGCGCCUUCGCCAUCGCCUUCAUCAUCAGCGUCAUGCUUAUCGCAGCCAACCAGGUACUGCGUAGCGGCAUGAAAUAG